AUGGCCGCUCUGCAAGGUAGCCAUCUCCUGUCCUCUUCUUCCUUCUCAAAUGAACGACGGAUUUGCGCCGGUCUUCAUGUCCCCUCCCGUCCGAGAGCAAAGGGCAUCUCCCUUCCAAAGCUCCCAGCCUCGAUCAAGAUGGAACAACUCGGCCUUAAAGAACAUAAUUCCGACGACCUUAGCAACUCGAAACCCCAUCAGCCGAUGACAGCCGAUCAUAAAGAUGAUCACCUGGUAGCCAAACUCUCGGCGAUCGCUGAGGCCGCAGCAGAGCGAGCUGAGAUGCACACCAUCAUUGGAGAGCAGAGGAACAACUGGAACCACCUCUUCCUCCACUCCAUCAACUCCAUCAAUCUCACUGCUUCCCUCAUGGCCGGCAUCUCCGCGGCUGUCACGGUGGGGGAAGCAGCACCCCAUGUCUUAGCCUUCAAGCUCUCGUCCGUGGCCUUGUUCACCGCAGCAACUGGGAUGAUGCUGCUCGUCAACAAGAUCCAGCCUUCUCAGCUAGCGGAAGAGCAAAGGAAUGCCGCGAGAUUGUGUAAGCAGCUCGAAAGAUCGAUCCACAGCACUCUCGCGCUCGGAGCACCUGCCGAAUCGGACAUCGCGGAGGCUAUGGCGAAAGUCCUCGCACUCGACAAGGCUUAUCCGCUUCCUUUGCUUCCCGGGAUGCUCGAGAAGUUCCCAGAGACCGUGGAGCCUACAUGUUGGUGGCCUAAAACGCGAAAAAGGGAGCAAGAAACGAAGAAAGCAUACGUUAAUGGGAUGGCAGGCAAUGGUUGGAGCAAGGAACUGGAAGAGGAGAUGAUGGGAAUUCUUAGAGUUCUGAAGAUGAAGGAUGAGGAGGAGUAUGUGAGAGUGGGCAAGCUGGUGUUGAACAUUAACAAAACUUUAGCUAUCGCCGGACCUCUAUUCGCCGGCCUGGCUGCAGUUGGGGCUGGUUUGAUAGGUUCUCCUGUUGACAGCCCAUUGCCCGUGCUGUUCGGGGUCGUCGGAGGGGCGCUUGCAGCAGUAGUAAAUACCCUGGAGCACGGCGGGCAGGUGGGAAUGAUGUUCGAGCUCUGCCGCAACUUAAGCGGUUUCUACCGGAAGUUGCAAGAGGAAAUCGGGUCCAACUUGAGGGAAAGUGAGGUGGAGAAGAGGGAGAAUGGGGAGUUGUUUCGGAUGAAGAUGGCUUUGCAGCUUGGGAGAAGCCUCUCCGAGCUCAAAGGCUUUGCAUCCUAUGCUUCCCCUUCUUCUAAUGACGAAGAUGUUAAAGAAUUUGCUGGGAAGCUAUUCUGA